UCUUUUCUGGACGAGAGCCCCGGGAUAUUGCAAGCGAGAGCUCGAGGGAGAGAGAGAGGGAGGAGAAAAGUUUGGGGUUGGGGUGGAGAUCUUUUUGGAGAAUCUCCUCAAAGGCUCUCUCUUCUCUACCAACGGAGGUAGGACUGCUCCUCUCUCGCGGAUCGAGAUGGUUCGAUUUGGUGUCUGGAUUCGGUUCUUGGUAGAGCUGCUCCGUUUUCUGUUCGGAAGGGGGACCGGAAAUGGAAACCAACUCAUUCUCUGAUCCGAAGAGAGAGAGAGAGAGAGAGAGAGAGAGAGCAGUAUAAGGCUGCUUGAGUGUGAGAGGAGAGUGUGAGGCAGAGACGGAAUUAGGUGUUAGUAGUUAGUACUGAAGUGAUUAGAGGUUGGUGUCUUCAGCUAUGGGUUUUGAGCCGCUGGCCUGGUACUGCUGGCCGGUCGAGGACGGGGUCUGGACGACGGCGGUGGAGAAUGCUUUUGGAGCAUACACGCCCUGCGGCAUCGAGACCCUGGUCGUUUGCAUCUCCCAUCUGGUUCUUUUCGCUGCUUGUGUCUACCGGAUAUGGAGGACCAAUAAAGAUUUCACUAUUCGGAGAUUCUGUCUGAGGUCCCGGGCUUACAAUUACAUGUUGGGGCUGCUGGCCACGUACUGCACUGCAGAGCCUUUGCUUAGGCUGAUUAUGGGCAUGUCAAUUGCGAAUCUGGAUGGACAGACUAGUCUUGCUCCCUUUGAGAUAGUUUCACUGCUCAUUGAGGCUUCCUCUUGGUGUUGUGUGCUUAUUAUGAUUGGAGUAGAGGCUAUAAUCUACAUCUGUGAGUUCCGGUGGUACGUCCGGUUUGCAGUUAUCUACGUUCUGAUUGGGCAAAUUUCUAUGUUCAAUCUUGUUCUCUCAGUGAGAGAGUAUUAUGAUAGGUCAAUCUUCUAUUUGUAUGUUAGUGAGAUAGCAAGCCAGAUUUUGUUUGGAAUCCUAAUGCUGGUCUAUAUUCCCAGUUUGAAUCCUUACCCAGGAUAUACUUCAAUUAGAAAUGAGGUGUUUGUUGACAACACAGGUUAUGAAGCACUUCCUGGGGGAGAGCAGAUUUGUCCCGAGAGGCAUGGCAAUAUAUUGUCCAGGAUAUUGUUUUCAUGGAUGACUCCCCUCAUGCAACAAGGGUAUAAAAGGCCUAUUACUGAGAAGGAUAUUUGGAAAUUAGAUACAUGGGAUCAGACAGAGACAUUGAAUAGCAGGUUCUGGAAAUGCUGGGCUGAAGAAUCCCAGAGACCCAAACCAUGGCUUUUGAGAGCACUGCAUCGUAGUCUUGGGGGAAGAUUUUGGCUGGGAGGAUUUUUCAAGAUUGGUAAUGAUGCUUCUCAAUUUGUGGGCCCACUAAUAUUGAAUCACCUCUUGGAGUCUAUGCAAGAAGAAGAUCCAUCUUGGAAUGGCUACAUUUAUGCCUUUGGAAUUUUUGCUGGAGUGGCAUUGGGUGCACUAUUUGAAGCACAGUACUUUCAGAAUGUUAUGCGAGUUGGCUUCAGACUGAGGUCUACCUUGGUUGCAGCUGUUUUUCGCAAAUCACUAAAACUAUCACAUGUGGGUCGUAGGAAAUUUGCAACAGGGAAGAUAACAAAUUUGAUGACUACUGAUGCAGAAGCACUCCAGCAAGUCUGCCAACAGCUUCACAAUGUAUGGUCGGCUCCUUUUCGUAUUACCAUAGCUAUUGUACUGUUGUACAAACAGCUAGGUGCUGCAUCACUUGUUGGCUCAUUUAUGCUGGUUCUCAUGUUCCCAAUACAGACAUUUGUAAUAAGCAAAAUGAAGAAACUGUCAAAGGAGGGCUUGCAAUGUACUGACAAGCGCAUUGGUCUUAUGAAUGAGAUAUUGGCUGCUAUGGAUACCGUGAAAUGUUAUGCGUGGGAGCAAAGUUUCCAGUCAGAAGUGCAGAGCAUUCGCAAUGAUGAGCUCUCAUGGUUCCGUAGGGCUCAGCUAUUAGCAGCAUUCAAUAGUUUUAUUCUGAAUAGCAUACCAGUUGUUGUUACAGUCUCAUCAUUUGGGAUGUACUCUUUACUUGGGGGGGAUCUGACACCUGCAAAAGCAUUUACGUCACUGUCACUGUUUUCGGUAUUAAGGUUUCCUCUGUUCAUGCUCCCUAAUGUGAUAACUCAGGUUGUGAGUGCUAAUGUAUCAUUGAAGCGUCUGGAGGAGCUGUUCCUAUCUGAAGAGAGAAUACUGUUGCCAAAUCCACCUAUCAACCCAGAGCUUCCAGCUAUCUCAAUUAGGAACGGAUAUUUUUCUUGGGAGUCAAAGGCAGAGAGGCCCACAUUAUCAAAUAUCAAUUUGGAUAUACCUGUUGGUAGGUUAGUAGCAAUUGUUGGAAGUACUGGAGAAGGAAAAACAUCUCUAAUAUCGGCGAUGCUUGGCGAAUUACCACCACUGCCAGAAACAAACACAUCUGUUGAUGUUAGGGGAACUAUUGCUUAUGUACCUCAAGUUUCAUGGAUUUUCAAUGCUACUGUACGUGACAACAUAUUGUUUGGAUCUCCUUUUCAAGCAUUACGCUAUGAGAGGGCAAUUGAAGUGACUGCAUUACAGCAUGACAUUGACUUGCUUCCAGGAGGUGAUCUCACAGAGAUUGGAGAAAGGGGAGUGAAUAUUAGUGGUGGGCAAAAGCAAAGAGUUUCCAUGGCAAGGGCAGUAUAUUCGGACUCAGAUGUAUAUAUAUUUGAUGAUCCUUUGAGUGCACUUGAUGCUCAUGUUGGUCGACAGGUAAUACUAGUCAAAAAAUUGGGAUACGAAUUAUAUUUAUCAUGUCUGAUUACUUUUUCCAUGUAUUGUUCCUUGCCGGUAUGAGAGAAACAUGGCUCAAUUCCAUCUCAGUGUUCCAUUACCAAAGUAGAUCGACCUAUGCUAUUGGUGGCGACUAGUGCCAAAAGUGCGACUUAGCUUUUAGGCCACCUUGAUGCCCCUGCUUGGGUCACAAAAACAUCAUUGCCAAUUCUUCCUACCAGCCAACUGGUUUAUCAGGUUUCAUGGCAAACCAGUCUCUCACUUGGAGUUGCUGUAGGAACUAGGCCCCAAUUUAGUUGGCUGAUAUCAAGUUGAGAACUGGAAACCAAACUUGCCGGAGCAUCAUUGGCCAAACCUUGUUCCAUAAAGCUAACCCCAAAUGGAUGGGGCAAUUGCAAAAUUUUGUUAGAAUUGAACUUUAACAUUCAAAGUGCUGUAGAUUGAUGUGAGCAAACUGAUUCCACUCAUUCUUAAAAGUAUAUAGUGCUUCCAAAGAAUAAAAUAGUAUGCUCUGCCCAAUUUAAUAAUUAUGUGAAACAAAAUUCUUUUUGCUUUUCUAACUAUUGCUUGGUCUUUACAGCAAUUGUUACAUAAUCCUUUAAAUCACCUUUGAUAAGUCAACUCAACUCAACUAAGGCUUAAUCCUAAACUAGUUGGGGUUGGCUACAUGAAUACUUUUCCUCCAUUCUACUCUAUUUAGGACCACAUUUUCUAAAAGAUGUAGCAAUAUCAGGUAAUGAUUGCCGAACUAGUAACGGAGCCCAUACCAAUUGGCCACCAAUGCGGUAUUGUGUCUGUUUAGUACCGUAGUGACACAUCGUACAUCCUGUGUGCUGAUCUGCUGACCAGUAUGCCAU